GUGGCUGUGUGCAACAUGUGCAGCUGUACACUGAGUAGUUCUAGUGCCAUAGUAAGCGUCGCAUCUUUAUUAUUAACUUGAGUUGAUGCACAUACCAAGCCGUUUUUGUUUGUUUGCAUCUACUUAAUUGAUCGGUGGAAGUCAGAGGGAGAGUUGUUGAAGUGAGCGGUGUUUAGUGUGUCAGUGUCACCUCCUAGAACUAGUCCUAAAUUUCCUCUGGAGAAUUCCGCUAACAGUGCUAGGACAGGAUGGCGAGAACUAGUCGUCCCAAUGACACACUUACAUGCGACCUGAGCUAGUAUAGAAGAACUAGUUGGACGCGAAGAUACGUGCCUGGUUUUGUAUUUUGCUAGUAUUCAAAGUUGUAGUUGUUAUAACCUGAAUGAACAACGCGAACAGUCAGACCUUUCCAAUUAGCCAGCAAGAACGUCAAAACGAAGGUGGGUUAGCUAAUUGGCUAACGUUAGAGCUAGAAUCUACCCAGCUGAAUUACUUGCCACAGCCUCGGCGAUUCCGUUAUCUCAGAUGACGGAGUAAAAUGCAGUUGUUCCCCGCGGUUACCGAUAACGGUACAGUUGACCAUCAUGGCCAAAUUAGAUAGCGGACAUUUCUUUUCACUCAGAUGUAACGACACGUUACUAACAUAACCGUAGCACUCUUUUGAAAACACCAUUGCCAUUCUGUUAUUUUAAGGUGUGUUUCAUGCAGGGACAAAUGGGGAGAUUCAAAAAGGUUAUCGCCUGUUGAUGGUACAAUGUGAGACAUGAGCAGGAUGAAGCCCACACGCAACCUGAUGCUGGUGUUAUGUCCCAUGCUGGUCCUGGGAUUCCUCUAUUAUUCCUCUGGGAGACUGCACCUGCGUGUUUGGGGCCAGAAAUCUCAGUCAGAAAUGGAUAAUGUAUUCGCCGUGGGACGAGUAGUAGCUUCAGAUGCUCCACAAGCACCACCAUCUGCUCCAGGUAGACCUCCACUAACAACACGCACAACAGCAGUGUAUGACAAGCAGGGAUUCUUACUGAAGCUCGACAGCAAGCUCCCCUUGGAACUUGUGUACAAGUAUGGCAACCUCAGCAAGGGGGCUUGCAAGCCGGGCUAUGCUGCAGCGAAAAUGACUACCAUUUACCCAAAGUUUACGAAACCUGCUCCCAUGUUCCUGGAUCCAAAUUUUAGGCGCCUGUCAAAAGUCAGCGGUUAUUUACCACCGUUUGGAGUAAAAACACAAGAAAGGAUCAUAGAAGCUAUUUUAUCAGCAACUCAGAACUACGGGCUGGGCUCGGAUCUGGACAGUUUGAGUUGCAAAAAGUGCAUCAUCAUCGGAAAUGGCGGGAUCCUCUCCAACAAGUCGUUGGGCGCGGUGAUAGAUGAGUACGACGUCGUGGUCAGGCUGAACGAGGCACUGCUGAAGGGUUACGAGAAGGACGUCGGCUCCAAGACCACGGUGCGCAUCACAUAUCCCGAGGGGGCCAUCCAGAGCCCCAAGAACUAUGAGGACCAGUCCCUCUUCGUCCUCUCAGCCUUCAAGCCGCUGGACUUCAAGUGGCUCCGACACAUGGUCUUUAAGGACAAGCUGAGAGGUACAGAAGGAUUCUGGAAGUCUGUAGCCCACACUGUGCCUAGAGAACCCAGCGAGAUGCGCAUCCUCAACCCUUACUUCAUCCAGGAGGCAGCCUUCCAGUUCAUCGGCCUCCCGCUAAACAACGGUGUCAUGGGACGCGGGAACAUUCCUACCCUGGGGACGGUGGCCAUAACCAUGGCGCUCCAUAAUUGCGAUGAGGUGGCGGUGGCCGGAUUCGGCUACGACAUGAACACCCCCCACGCGCCCCUCCACUACUAUGAGAAAGUCAAGAUGUCGGCGAUCAAAGAGUCGUGGACACACAACAUUGCCAAGGAGAAGGAGUUUCUGCAGAAACUGGUGAAGGCAGAGGUCAUACAGGACUUGACCCAUGGGAUCUGAGAGACCGCCUCCUUCCUCGUCCUCUCCCCCCUCCUCCUCCUCCUCCUCCUCCUCCUCUACCACCACCAAAACCUGGCUCCCAUCCCCAGCCCAGCCCAGCCCAGCCCAGCCCAGCCCAGCAUGGUCCAGCUGAGGAGCGAGGAACCCUAGAGGAGGGAGGGACAAGAGAGAGUUGGGUGUCUCACUACCCAACCACCACCACCCAACAUUGACUCCUUCAACAGGCUUUUCUCUCAGUAUAACAAUUUAAGCCUCCACCUCCUCCUUCACCACCCUAACCCCCAACCCCCACCACCCUCAGCCUUGCUGGAGCACCCAGAACCCACUAAAAAGACUUGUCUCACCUGCUCCGCUUUUUGGGGAGUUGGCUUCUGUGUGUGUUUUGGGUGGUAUAUUUGGGGAGGGUGGGUGGGUGCGUAUCUGGAAAAUGGGGUGACGGUGGGGAGUUGGAGAGCAGCUAGGAACCAAAGGCCCACUGCCGCACAGCCAGUAGAGGUGGUGAAUGGAGGCCGGCCUGUGCCAAGCAUACCUCCGGAGGAAAACCCUUCGUCCUCCAUUGUGCUUGAAUGUAUUCACACAACUUCAAACAUCAAAGACAUACUGGAGUGUUUUUUUCCCGUUACAUUUGUUUUGUUUGUUUUUUCUUGUAUGUAUUUUUGUUCUGUCUUUUAUGUCUUUUUUUCUUUUCUUUCUUUUCUUUGUUAAUUUUAAAAAGUCGUUUCAUUGAGCUUCUGCUUCAGUUAGGUUGCAGAGGAGAAGAGGACAUUUCACCGUCCGGCAAUCACACUCAAGGAGAAUCAUCCAUGGACAGGACAGGGGCGACCCUUAUGAACUUUUACACACACAGGCCUUUGCAGGAGGAACCAGACGGGUGCAGACUUUUGAUGAACCGCGUUACACUGACUGAAGUGAACCUCCUUCAGAAGUGUUUUCAAAGUGUUAUUUACAUUGGAGAAAAAAAGCUGCUUUGUUCUUUGCUUUCUCUUAUUUCUACCUUUUGUUGUUUUUUUUUUCUUUUCCAAAGAACAGUAUUGGAAAUCAUAUUUAAAUUUUAUGUUUAAGUGCUGAGGGUAUUUGUGUGUGUGUGUGUGUGUGUGUGUGUGUGUGUGUGUGUGUGUGUGUGUGUGUGUGUGUGUGUGUGUGUGUGUGUGUGUGUGUGUGUGUGUGUGUGUGUGUGUGUGUGUGUGUGUGUGUGUGUGUGUGUGUGUGUGUGUUAGGGGUGUAAAUUACAGCCUCCAUGACGAUACAAAACGAUUUGAUAUCGAUUUCUUAAAGCAGUGAUUCUAUUAUAUACUGUAUAUUACCUAAGAAUGCCCCACUAUUCGAUUGGAUUUUUUUCAUUUACUUUUCCACUUCUAUUGUGUUAUGGAGUUAGGGUAUUGGGCAGGGGCCAACGAUUCGAUUAUUUUAAAUGCAUAAGAAUGGCCCACGAUACGAUUGGAUACGAUCGUUGGCCGUAGGAUGGAUGCAUCGAUACAUAUCGAUUAUUAUUUACACCCCUUGUGCUCGUGCCUGCCUGUGAGUGUGUGUAUGCGUGUAGUGUACGUUCAUAUGUGUGUGCCUAAGUGUGUGUGUGUGCUUGAGAAUGUUUGCGUUGUCUGCGCUUAAUGUUACGCACAUGUAUAAUGUUUCAUAUCACUUCUGCUGAAAAACUGUAAAAACGUGCUCUGAUAUUACAAGAGCAUAUUUGAUUGUGAUUUUUCCACCGUACCCUUUGGUUAUUAUUGAUUUGGUAAAGUCACUGACAAUGGUUUAUUGUACAAUGUUGAAUCUGAUUUCUUUUUAAAUGUACAUUAUAGAGUGGGAAAGGUAUUCCCCACAGUUAGCCUGAAAAAGUGCAAAAACAAAUACAUAAGCCACGAAUUCCCGAAUUAUCACUUGUUCUGCUGUCAGGUUUCAAAUUGAUUUGCAUUACAAAAUGUUGCAGUAUUUGAGCAAGGAGACAAAGCGUAUUAAAAAGGUUCAGUAUUUAA